UAACUGCAAGUGCGGACUCCUGAGUCCUUUCUGCAACUAUAUCCAUAGAUUCCUCUAAUUUAUCUGCCAAACCCUAAAAAGUUUAAGCCUCACAUUGGUUUUCCAAGCCCCAUUUUUGACUGGUCUCCCUUUACACAGAUAUACUCAUGGCUACAACCACUUCUAACCUUGAAAACUAAACCAUAAAUCAAGUUAAAAAGCACCCAACCUUUAUUCACUCAGCCCAUGAAAAUAAAUUUAUUCACCAACAAGUAUUAUAAUAACACUUCCCAAUACCACCUUGGAUCCCGCCCCUAGUGGUUUUGAAGGUGAGAGACCCAGUCUUGAAUCCCAUCAUAAAGGUGAGAAAGGCAAUUCUUAACUCACUGUUAGUCCUUUCUGAUACAAACUCUGCUCUGAAAGCCAUUGAUAUCUGCACUUGUGGCUCUCUCUUGGAAAAGGUGCUUCAUGAUGAUUUGGAGAAGGGUGGUAAGAAGUAUUGGGAUCUUGGAGUUUCUUCAGCAUAAAAGGGCUGGGAAUAUCAUAGGGUCCUAAAUAUUUCUUCCAUUUCAUUCUCUCUCGCUCUCUCUAAUGUUCGAAAUCCAAUCAGAGUAAUCCACUGAUUCUCAAGAACUGGGCGAAAAUGCACGACCCGAUCCCAGCUUGCUUCUCAGUGGACAGGGAGAGAGCAAGGGAUGAUCAAUACAGCUUAAGGGCCGGCCAAACCUUAGCCACCAAUGUGUAUAGAACAAAGAUAGCAGGCAAAUGUAGACUCAUUGUGGCCACUUGGUGCAAGAGCCUAUUAGCCCAUGGUUUUACAAUUUCACUAGAGGACCAAGAGGCUAAAGCCCAAUCCACUUACAAGAUAGAGCUUGCACCUUGGUGUUUUUGGAGAAAGCAAGGCCUCAAGACCUUCACUGUAGAGGGCACAAGGGUGGAUCUCUUUUGGGACCUUAGAAAUGCCAAGUUUUACACUGAGCCGGAGCCCAAGUGUGAUUACUAUGUGGCUUUGGCUAGUGAGGGGGAGGUUGUUUUAGUCCUUGGAGACAUGAAGAAAGAAGCUUAUAGAAAAGCUCGAUCUCGCCCUUCGUUGAUCGACCCCAUCUUGAUCUCGAGAAAGGAGCACAUCUAUGCUAAGAGAAAAUUCAUUACUAGGGCGAAAUUCAGCGAAAGGGCAGCAGCUCAUGAGAUUUCUAUAGAGUGUACUUGUGGCUCAAAUUCAGCCGGUUUGGACCCUGAAAUGACGAUUCGAAUCGAUGGGAAUUUGGUAACACGAGUGAGGCAUUUACAGUGGAAGUUUAGGGGGAAUGAGACCAUCUUUGUUAACAAGAUUGCUAUCGAAGUCUUUUGGGAUGUCCAUGAUUGGCUUUUUAGUCCUGGAUUAAGGCAUUCAUUGUUCAUAUUUAGGCCUUCCACUUCAAAUCCAUCUUCCACAUUGAUGAACGUAGGCCACGGGGGAUCUAUGAAUGGAAGCGAAGUGAGCAUGGGUGGUUCACCUGAUUUUUGCUUGUAUCUCCAUGCAUGGAAGACAGAAUAGUGAGUUGGGGUUUGAGUAAGUUGAAAUUACUGAUGCUUGGGCAUUUCGUAUUCAAAAUUAAAUUGAUGGAUCAUAUGCAAUUCCUAUUCAAAGUUCACUUAGGGAUUGCUCCUUUGGAAAGGGGUUCUUCUCAGUUUUAAAGGCGUCUUUGUGCAAGGACUAGGACUAUGGUCCUACUAGAGCUUGAUUCUCAGCUGCCAUUGUUCAUGUUCAGAGUUGAACCUUAUCCCAUGCUUGACAAGAGUCUGUCUAGAAAGAAAGAAAGAGAGAGAGUUCACGGUUAAAGUUCAAACAGAGCGAGAGAUGUUUGCUAGUGGAAGUGAAAGCUUGUGUUGCCAACACAGGCACAUGGGAGAAGACAGAGGGUCCCAUAUAGGGGUUGGAAGCUAGCAGGAGCGGCUUCUAAAUAAAUGGGCAUGAUUGGGAUGACAGAUUGGAGGCCACAAUAAUGGCCUCUCUCUCUAUGUUUCCUCUUUCCAAUGUUCUUUUAGCAAUUUUUCUAUAUUUAUAUAUCUAUAGAAUUGAAUGUCAUUGUUCUAUGGCCAGCUAAAAGUCAAGAGAGCCAUCAACUACUCCCAAUCAGCCAUUGAUUCCGGGCAACAACCACCAAAGUUUAGCUGUCCAGAUGCUAGUGUCUUGGUGCAUGUCUAGGUAAAGGAAAAGGUAUUUGUAGUGGCAUCUAUAAUUCAUGCCUUUUUGAAUUCAAAUUAAAUUGUAAUGUUUUUGGUAACAUUUUUCUGAGGAAAAAGAAAGUUUAUAUAAAGGGUGAGGCCCUAAAAGGUUGUUUC